UGCUGCUUGGUCCUUCUCAUAAACUGGCAUGAGGAUGUUAUCACUGACAGACACUUGUUAAUUUCCAAGUUUUUUUGUUUUUGUUUUUUUGUUUGUUUGUUUUUGCUUUCUUAAAGACAUUUCUGUUUUUUUGUAUCUGCCAGUUAUUUAUUGGUGUAAAGUUUUCUUUGUAUUUUGGUAAAACGAUGACUGGAGUUUUUGACAGUUUAUCUGCAGAUAUGCAUUCGAACCAGAUUACCUCGAACAGCUACCACAGCAUGCACAAAUCCCAGGAAUCUCCGACUUUACCAGUGUCCACAGCUACAGACAGCAGUUACUACAAUAACCAACAGCCUGGACAUUGUGUAGGAUCGCCGUAUGGACAGCUCAGCGCAUACCAGUACCAUGCAAGUGGCUUGAACAGCGUUCCUUACAACACCAAACCCUACGAGCUUGGGUUUAGUAGUUCUUAUAAUUCAUAUGGUCCAUAUGGGUCAACUUCAUCGCCCACACAUACUGAUACAGAGAAAGAAGAAUGCGAACCUGAAGUUCGGAUGGUGAACGGCAAGCCAAAGAAAGUUAGAAAGCCGAGAACGAUUUACUCGAGUUUCCAACUGGCUGCUCUUCAAAGACGAUUUCAAAAGACCCAGUACUUGGCGUUACCUGAAAGAGCGGAGCUGGCUGCUUCCUUAGGCGUUACACAAACUCAGGUGAAAAUCUGGUUUCAAAACCGACGUUCAAAAUUCAAGAAGCUGUGGAAGAGUGGCGAGAUUCCCCCCGAUCAACAUGCGGGACCCGGCGAGUCUCCGCCCGGCAGCUCCCCUCCGGCCUCCGUCGCCUGGGACUUCCCGCACAGAAUGAACACUGUGAACAGCAUGACUCAGAGCAACAGCCCUCCCAACACAACUGCACCUUCUUUCUUAGGGAACUAUUCCUGGUACCCGUCCACUAACUCGGUACCGCAUCUACAGCCCAAUCCACUGCUGCACCACCACAGUUCGGCAAUGAGCGCUGGGGCAAUAUUUUAGGACUGUCGUGUUAUUGAAACACGCUUAGAAUGACUGAAAGAAAUGCCGAGGCUCCCCUUGAAAACAAGAAUAUCAUUG